UGGUCAGCUACAUCCAGGACCCAAAACAUCUAUGCAAUAAUUGUACUAUUAGCAUUAGCUAUCAUUCCAAAGUGAGAGGACUUUGUACAAGAAAUACCAGUAUGGCUGUGUCACCAGCAGUCACAACAUUGUUUGAGAAUUCAAAUGAAGUAUUUCUUGACGCCGCCAAGUUGUUACUUACAUACGCGGACAACAUUUUAAGGUAUCCCAAUGAGGAAAAGUACAGAUCGAUCCGCAUAGGCAAUCCUACUUUCUCCACCAAGCUGUUGCCUAUCAAAGGUGCUGUGGAAUGCCUCUUUGAGAUGGGAUUUGAGGAGGCUGAGACCCACCUGGUGUUCCCCAAGUCUGCAUCAGUGAAACAGCUGAAGCUCAUCAGGGAAGCCAUAGCAGCAGAGAGGGAUCAGAGGCUGCGUGGAGGACAGCCUGUCCAACCCACCCCUCAGGCUGCUGCGGCCUCAACCUCAGCCUCAGCACCGGAGAGCUCUACUGCUGCCUCCAGCCAGCCAGUUGCACCACCUCCACCACAGCCAUCAUCCUUGGAGAGCAGUAUGAGCUUCUUUGUGACUCUCCAGUCAAACUUUCAACAUGUGAUGCUGUAUGAAAACCCUGAGCUGCAGCAGAAAGCCAGGAGCUACAUCCCUCACCAGCAGCUGUCCUCUGCUGCAGAACACAAGCUGAAGGAGGCGAAAGAGGCUGAUCCAGAAUGUAAACUUGGAAUAGAAGACUUCCUGGUGCUGGAGUUGCUCAGAUGGUUCAAACAGGACUUCUUCUCCUGGGUGGACUGUCUGCCCUGCAGCCGCUGCGGAGGCCCGACCCAGAACACCGGCUCCCUCAGUCCAACCACUGAUGAACUCCGCUGGGGAGCCCAGCGAGUGGAGAACCACUACUGUCAGAGCUGCCAGCUCUCCACCAGAUUCCCCAGGUAUAACAAUCCUGAGAAGCUACUGGAAACCAGGAGGGGGCGCUGUGGGGAGUGGGCCAACUGUUUCACACUGUGCUGCAGAGCCCUGGACCUUGAGGCCAGAUAUAUCUGGGACAGCACAGACCAUGUGUGGACAGAGAUUUACUCAGUCUCUCAGCGUCGUUGGCUGCACUGUGACUCAUGUGAGAACGCCUGUGAUAAGCCUCUACUGUAUGAGGUUGGCUGGGGGAAGAAGCUGGCCUACGUUCUGGCUUUCUCCAAGGACCAGGUGGUUGAUGUGACCUGGAGGUAUUCCUGCAAACAUCCAGAGGUUUUGUCGAGAAGGACCAGGGUUCAGGAGGCCUGGCUGCUGCACACUAUUAAUGGGCUCAACGCCUCGAGGCAGCAGUCCCUGAGUCCAGAUAGGAAGAAGGUGCUGACAGAACGGCUGCUUGUUGAGCUGGUGGAGUUUAUUUCCCCACCCAAAAAAACCCCAGGAGAGCUGGGCGGACGCAACUCUGGCUCUCUGGCCUGGAGGAUAGCACGCGGGGAGACCAGAGGGGCUGAUGCAGGGACCUCCACACAGGCUGCAGGUUAUGUGUUUACUCCUACUGAGAAAGAGAAGAGUGACAGGUUACUGCAUGUGCACUACAGUGCCACCAAAGACCAGUACUGUAGAGUCUCCAACAACUCUGAGGUCAUCCAGAACUGGGAUCAGUGCGUGUGGAGGAAGGAGUCAGUCUUGAGAAAGGUGGAGAAUGACUGGCAGAUGGUGUACAUAGCUCGAACAGAAGGCUCCUCUUUGGGAAGAAUCAGCUGGAAGUUUGACUUUGCUGCUGCGGGAAUGAAGAUAAAGUCUGUCUCGAUUAUGGCCAGUAGCCAGACCUUCCACUCUGGAAAGGUCUGCUGGCACUUGCAGGCAGGCCAGAUUACUACGGAGUUCUCUGGAGAUGGGAAGUUGCAGUCGUUCCAGAGUCUCUCCGGCUGCUCAGGGUUCAUUGUUGGAGCAGGACUAAGUGGUGGAGAAGGGGAGACAUCAUGGCAGCACUCUCAGCUCUUCAGACAAAGCUUAAAGGAGACAGAGGAGCCUUCAUUUGAAAUCCUCAUCCACUUAGAAGAUGCUUAACAGUUGUUUUACUCAACAAAAUUUGAUCCCAAAUUCUUUUUCACUGUUGACUGCUUUGACAAGUUCAGAGCUAGUUGUUUGGAUGGUAGUUUUGUUUGAUGACAAAUCAGUGCAAUAUUUAAAUUUGUGUCAGUCCUGCAGAAUGAUUAAAUAUGCAUGGUCUAAUGAUAGAUGAAUGAUGACAUUCAUUUUGUACCUAUGGCAGAGAACAGAUGUUGUCACACAUUCAAUUAAUUUUUUUGAUUUGACUAAGGGCCAAAUAACCUAUGAGACAUGCAGUCCACAAUGUACCUGUAAAGAUUUUAACCAUAAAGCCAUAGUUUUUGUAACAUUUGCCUCCACUGUGAAUGUGUCUGUAAUUUGUGAGGCAUGGAGACAUUCGACACAGCAAACCAGGGUUGAUGCCCUUGUCAGCCUAGGUUGCUCCAGUUCUCCUGCUAGUAAUACACUCACCAAUAGUUACAGUUUGUCAUUUAAUACUGGGUAUUUUUACACCUUGCCAUGCCCAGUUACAUACAUGUGUGUAAUAAAAAAUGGAGCAAAUUAAUGUAUCUGUUGGUGCGAUGGGAAGGGCUCAAUGUUAGAAAAUAUGUGGUAUAAUAAAGAUAUUUUUGCAGUCUG